CUUGUUUGACCAGUUUGGAGGCAGAUAGGCUGACUAUUUAUAGCUUUCUCUUCAAGCGUAGCAGAUCUCCAUACAUGUCUGACUGUUGAAGUUUUGUUUGGCCUCACCCUGUGUUGUGUUAUUUAAAAAGGGACUUGGAGCCCCUCUUGGUGAACUUUCAUUGGAUUAAGUGCCCUUUAAAGGGUUUUGAGUGCCAACAUGGAGCCGCAGUACAAUCCUGACACAGUGAGAAUCUACCAUUUUCGUUACAUUCGUGAGUACAGAGCUGUGUGUGUGCUAUGGGCAAUACUCACCAUAAUCUGGGCUGUAUUCAAUGUGGUGGUGUUCAUACAGCCCCAGUGGAUAGGGGACACUCCAGAGAGCCCUGGAUACGGUCACCAUGGUGUCUACAAGUGGUGCUAUCCUAACAACCUCGCCAUGCGCUACGACUGCAGUGGAUCGUUCACAGACUUCAAUUCCUUGCUGAAUGACUCGUACAAAGCAACCUCAUUUUUCGUGGGUGUUGCAGCGCUGCUGAUGUUGAUAUCGGUAGCUGCCUUGCUACUGUUCUUUUGUUUUAAGAAAAAGGCUGUCUUCAUCUUGGUUGGCAUUUUUGAACUGGUUACUGCCAUUUUCCUCUUCUUGGGCUGUGUGAUAUACCCAAGUGGUUGGGAGAACGACGAGCUGGAGAAGAUCUGUGGCCCAGACUCGGGCAAGUACCGCAUGGGAGACUGCAACAUACGAUGGGCGUACAUCCUCGCCAUUAUUGGCAUUUUCGAUGCUGCUAUCCUCGCUGUGCUCGCAUUCUUCCUCGCUUCAAAGCGUGCGAAGAUUGAAAUGUACACCAACUCUGGGGCUGUUACCAAAUCCGAGCUGAACGGAUUCAACAGUGAUGCGAUGUCCAAGAGGUCAAUGCCGAUACAGCCAGCCGUGGUUGCCGUGCCCGUGGUGCACCCUGACGGGCGAGACUACUCUGAAUACUCGCAGGUCCAGAGACGCCCGGGCUCCCAGUCCAACUUCAACCUGUAAACACAAGCGACUUAAAGCCAGUCUUGAACACACCUUAUAAACCUGAACUCUACUGAAAACCAAAAUACAGAAAUUAUCAAUAAAUAUUUUCUUAAAAUGAGUUAUUUAACUCUUUCCCCUCAGAUAUGCUUUUUUACGUGUUUAUACUACGUUAACAAUCAAACUGGCUAAAAGAACUGUCUUAUUAGACUGAAGUUUUUAAGGCUUAAUUUCCUACCCUUACACUCAUGAGCAUCAAACAGCACAAAACCUGAACUGACCGAGAGUUACUUGCAGGUUCCAUUUUCACUUUGCUUCUGAAUGGAAGAGGUUAAAAGGUUUUAAGUCAUGUAUUGAAUGAUGGAUACUAGAACUAUAUUGACAACGGUCCAACCCUUUCAGUUUUCCUGCUUGACAAAUGAACGAAAUUAAUGUUUUGUAAUUAAUAUUAACUGUUAUAGGGUUCUCAAUUUAAAUAAAUUCCUUUUUUUAUAGUUAAGCUUUCAAAAACAUUGCUGCUAAGGAUAUUAAAGUUGAGCACAGAAAUACUCAAGAUUGUUCAUCGUCUCUGUAAAUAACAUUUGUAUACGCUGUAUUAUUUUGACAUGAAUAUUAGUAUAUUGUAGGUAUCAAAGUUAUACUAUUUUGAAUUUCUUACACUUGUUUCUCAGUAUGUGUCAUCGGCUACUAAAGUGAGCUGACCAUGUUAAUCAUCUUAUUUAAUAUAAGCUAUUUGUCUAACACAACUUAAACUAAACUAAAUCCCUGUUAUUAAUAUUAAAUCAAAUAUGAAUUUCCUUGUAUAAAUAUACUUGAAAUAAGUAAUCAUUCAUACAAAACACUUCAUACAUUUAAAAAAAAAAAAUUCUGAUUUUUUUUAUAAUUCAUAUUUGCAUUUAAGAAUACUGUUUUUAAACAGAAAGAUUAAGCUGCUAUCAUAUUGUGCUAGGUUUGUGCUUAUGACAACUAUAUUAUAUAUAUUUACAUUCCCAUUUGAAUGAGUGUUAUUAUAUGAGAUCUGUAUAAAAAAAUGGCCUAAAAAUAUGAACACACUAAUGUUUAUUACUUUAAAUUUUUGCUCUAAAUUGAGUUUGUUCUAGUUUUGAUAAGUUGUGUCAAUUUAUAACCCAUUUCAUAUUUGUGUACAUAUCAAGAAUUCAAAUUUGUUUGUACAAUUUAAGCAUUUAUUUUUACAAGAAUAAUAAAAGACAUGGCCCUUGAAA